AUGGUGACUAACCACAGUGUGACUGAAUUCAUUCUGUCUGGGUUGACACAAGAUGCUGGAAAGCAGAAGGUAGUAUUUGGGAUUUUCUUGAUUCUUUACCUUAUGACGCUAUUGUGGAAUAUUCUCAUUUUGGUGACCAUUAAAAGAAGCCAGUCACUUGGAAGUCCCAUGUACUUCUUCCUGUUCUACCUAUCCUUUUCUGAUGUUUGCUUCUCUACAACCACAGCCCCACGAUUGAUUGUGGAUGCCCUUUCACAGAGGAAAAUAAUUUCCUACAGUGAGUGCAUGAUCCAGAACUUUUCAAGCCAUUUCUUUGGGUGCAUGGACAUAUUUGUGCUUAUCCUCAUGUCAUUUGAUCGAUAUGUGGCCAUCUGUAAGCCUCUGAGAUACACAACCAUCAUGAGCCAACAUAUAUGUCAUGCAUUGGUGAAUCUGGCCUGGGCAGGGUCUUUUAUCCAUUCCUCAGCACAGCUUUUCUUGGCUUUGAAAUUACCUUUCUGUGGCCCCAAUGUAAUUGAUCACUUUUUCUGUGAUGUAGAACCUUUGUUGAAACUUGCCUGCAUGGACACUUAUGUCAUUAAUCUACUGAUAGUGUUUAAUAGUGGUGCCAUAUGCCUGUUGAGUUUUGUAAUCCUUCUUAUCUCCUACAUUUUCAUUUUACAUUCUCUGAGAAACCGGAGCACAGAAGGAAGAAGGAAAGCCUUCUCUACUUGCACCUCCCACAUCAUUGUUAUCAUCUUAUUUUUUGUUCCAUGUAUCUUCACAUAUACUCGCCCUCCAACCACAUUUCCAAUGGACAAGAUGGUGGCCGUGUUUUAUACUAUUGGGACACCCUUGCUCAACCCUCUGAUCUAUACUCUGAGGAAUACAGAAGUGAAAAAUGCCAUGAGAAAAUUAAUUGUGGUGUAG